GCAGCUCCCUCCAAGAUGGCGGCGGCGACGGCGGACCCGGGAGCUGGGAGCCCGCAGGCUGGAGACUCCUCCGGCGGGGGUGCUGGGGGCGGGCUGCCUUCCCCGGGGGAGCAGGAGCUGAGCCGGCGCCUGCAGCGCCUGUACCCCGCAGUCAACCAGCAUGAGACGCCGCUGCCGCGCUCCUGGAGCCCCAAGGACAAGUACAACUACAUCGGCCUCUCCCAGGGCAACCUCCGCGUCCACUACAAAGGUCAUGGCAAAAAUCACAAAGAUGCAGCCUCAGUGCGUGCCACCCACCCUAUACCUGCUGCCUGUGGCAUUUAUUACUUUGAGGUGAAGAUUGUCAGCAAAGGAAGAGAUGGGUACAUGGGAAUAGGACUCUCAGCUCAAGGCGUCAACAUGAACAGACUUCCUGGUUGGGACAAGCAUUCCUACGGCUAUCACGGUGAUGACGGGCAUUCCUUCUGCUCCUCAGGGACUGGCCAGCCCUAUGGUCCCACAUUCACCACGGGAGAUGUGAUUGGCUGCUGUGUCAACCUCAUCAAUGGCACCUGCUUCUACACCAAGAAUGGCCACAGCCUGGGUAUAGCCUUCACAGACCUCCCGGCCAACCUCUACCCCACCGUAGGCCUGCAGACACCCGGGGAGAUUGUGGACGCCAACUUUGGGCAGCAGCCUUUCCUGUUUGACAUUGAGGACUACAUGCGGGAGUGGCGGGCCAAGGUCCAGGGCACCGUCCACUGCUUCCCCAUCAGUGCCCGGCUUGGCGAGUGGCAGGCGGUGCUGCAGAACAUGGUCUCGUCUUACCUGGUGCAUCAUGGGUAUUGUGCCACGGCCACGGCUUUUGCCCGAAUGACUGAAACCCCGAUUCAGGAAGAACAAGCAUCCAUAAAGAACAGACAAAAGAUCCAGAAACUGGUGCUGGAGGGCCGUGUGGGUGAGGCUAUUGAGACCACACAGCGCUUCUACCCAGGGCUGCUGGAGCACAACCCCAACUUGCUCUUCAUGCUCAAGUGCCGACAGUUUGUGGAGAUGGUGAAUGGGACCGACAGUGAGGUCCGCAGCUUGAGCUCCCGAAGCCCCAAGUCCCAGGACAGCUACCCUGGCUCCCCCAGCCUCAGCCCCCGCCACGGCCCCAGUAGUUCCCACAUGCACAUCACAGGAGCAGACAGUCCCAGCUGUAGCAAUGGCGUCGCAUCCACAAAGAGCAAACAGAACCACAGUAAAUACCCUGCACCCAGCUCCUCUUCCUCCUCCUCCUCGUCCUCGUCCUCCUCGUCCCCCUCCUCCGUCAAUUACUCAGAGUCCAACUCAACAGAUUCCACCAAGUCCCAGCCCCACAGCAGCACCAGUAACCAGGAGACCAGUGACAGUGAGAUGGAGAUGGAGGCAGAGCAUUACCCCAAUGGGGUGCUGGAGAGCAUGUCCACACGCAUUGUCAAUGGCGCCUACAAGCAUGAGGACCUGCAGACGGAUGAAUCCAGCAUGGAUGACGGGCACCCCCGGCGGCAGCUCUGUGGAGGUAACCAGGCUGCCACAGAAAGGAUUAUCCUGUUUGGCCGUGAGUUGCAGGCCCUGAGUGAACAGCUGGGCCGAGAGUAUGGCAAGAAUCUGGCCCACACAGAGAUGCUGCAGGAUGCCUUUAGCCUGCUGGCAUACUCAGACCCCUGGAGCUGCCCUGUUGGCCAGCAGCUUGACCCCAUCCAGAGGGAGCCUGUGUGCGCUGCCCUCAAUAGCGCCAUUUUAGAGUCUCAGAACCUGCCAAAGCAGCCCCCUCUGAUGCUCGCCCUGGGCCAGGCAUCUGAAUGUCUACGGCUCAUGGCCCAAGCGGGCCUGGGAUCUUGCUCCUUUGCCAGAGUUGACGACUACUUGCACUAGCUGACCGUGCUGGCCGGCCCCACCUGGCUCCCUCGGCCUCAAGGCUGGAGCAGCCCUGCCCUCCGUAGGCAUCUGGUGCAGGGACCUGGAAGCCAUGGGCAGAGUCCACUCCUCCUACCUGGCCUCUCCUGCCUUUCUCCUUCCCUCCCCCUUCUCUCUCCCCCCCGCCCCUUCUUUCAUUCCCUCCUUCCUCUCUGCUUACCCUCAGGCCCUCUCUCUCCCCUUCACGUGCAGCGGCCUAUGACACAGUAUUGGCUGGUUAGUCUCAUGUAGCGCCUUCUACUUUGAAAGGGAGGUUUUAUUUUGUGGAGGGGUUGGGGUUUUUUAAUCUUUUUUUUUUUUUUCCUCCUGACUGAGCCACCAGUAUUUAUCUCUGGAGAGUUUGUGCUGAGCUGGUUUCUGCUAAUUUAGUGAUGAAGCCUAUCAAGUUGGUGAUAGCUUAUUAUUUUCUUAAGUAAAAAAAAAACAAAAAGUGAGAUUAUAUAUAUAAAUAUAUAUAUUAAAAAAAGACAGUAUUUAUCGUAGUGUUAGUGAUUCAGCACCUCUUGGGUGAGGCUGUCCAAACACCAUAUGUUUUUGAGUACAACUCACAAAAAAAGAAUCAUCUCUGUCACCUUAGCCAAUGAUUUGUUUAUUUCAGGCUUCCCCUUCACUGAGCCACAGGCCCAGCUACAGUCUGGGGAAGCCGAGUAGGCUUUGCAGGGCCACUGAGUGGGCAGGUUAGGCUAAGUUGGUCUGUAGCAUUUCGAGAGGUAUGGGUCCCUGGGCCCUGAGAACUGGGCUGAGCAGAGAACUGCAGGGCUGAGGGUCCAGAGAAGUUACAAGUUGCCCCAGGGCUAUACCGCAGAGGAAGGGAGUAGAGGGUCCUUGGCCAGCACGCUGUCUACCAUUCUACCUUGCCUCUCACUGCCUGCCUUGCCCUUCCCCUCUUCCCUUUUCAACAUCCUGCCUUCCUUUAUUAAGAUGGCCAAAUAAUUCAUUGACUCUAAAUUCAUUGCCUGGAAACUGCCUGCCUUCGACCCUAGAGCUGCAGGAGGAGGUCUGCAUUCGCAGGACAGAGCCCUUGAACAGGGGCUGUCUUCUUCCUGCCCGGAUCUUCACUGUCGGCACAGCCUGAUGGAAUCGACUCUUGCUGUUGAGAAGCCAGGACCUUGUGGAGGCAGAUUCUUGGGCCGCUGGAUGCUGGAGUGGAUGGAACCCUUGACCCCCUAGGCCAGGCAGCCCUGCAGCUGGGCCCUAGCUGUCUUAGGAAAAAAUUAGGAGUAUUUGCUGACCAGAGGAAGGGACCUCCGUGGGCUUUACAAACAUCCCACCGGUCUUUUCAAAUGGAUCUUCAUGGCUGGUGGGGAAAAACAGUCCAGGUACUGCCAUCAGGGAAUUGAGAGGAGGAGCUGAGAUGGCUGCUGGGAUGUGGGCGGGCCGUCGGAGACUGAUUGCCCCUGAGGAGAGGAGCAUCAGGAGGGCCUGGGAUGUGACACACAAGCAGCCCCUGCAAAGGGGCAAGGCCAGAAGUUGGACUUCCGGUCCCUGCCUGCAUCUGAGCUCGGCGAGCUCCUGCCUUCUUGUCAGUGGAUGCGGGAAUGGUUGGUAUGGCCUGAGCUAUUCAGUACCCGCCAGACCUCUCCAGACCUGCAGCCGGACAAGAGAAAUGAUUGAGUCAGACAAACUGCUGGUGACAGGGUCAAGGCCCUGGCCCUGUACCGUCCCAGAGUUCUCCUUGGGACAUGCUUCUAUAGGCUGCUGCAUUUUCUUGAUCCCCACUAGGACCCCAGCUGGCAGCCCACAGACCCUGGCCCCUUGGGGAGGUGUUAUCCCAUCUGUGAAGGAGAGUCACUCCGGGCGAAGCUGGGGAUGUCUUGCCUCCACACUCAGAGCUGGAAACAUCAGACUGUUAAAUGGUCACAGCUGAGUAGGAUUGGGAGUUAAAACCUGAGGCUUUUGCAGCUGGAAUGGGGUUGAGGGAAUGUCUUCUCCACCAAUCCUCUCCUCUUACAGAUAAAGAAACAGGCCCAGUAGAUGAAGUGACUUGGCCAAAGUCACACAGCAGGUUAGCAGCCAGGACUAACCUCCUCCCUCAGACUUGGGCCACACUGUUUAGUUUAAACAUUGAAAAGUGGGUGAGGGGGUUAGACUGGUGAGAUCCCCCAGCAGUGUCUGAGCAGCUUGUACCUUCAGGGGUGUGUUAAGGGUGGGGAGGGGUGCCUGGGCUUGGUUUGUGGAGCGGCUGAGAGAGGGCCCAGGAGAGCUCGGGACAGCUGUGUGCUGCUUGGGGUUGGGUGUCCGCCUGACUUGCACUCAGUACCCAUGGCCACCUCCCCAUUUUCUGUGCCUUAUCUCACUGUUUCAGCUGAGUCCAAGUUGUUUACUCUGUUCCUCUCCAGAGGGGCUCUCUGUCCCAGUUGGACAGCUUACCUUUGGGACAUAAGCCUUUGCCCCAAAAGCCGUGGAGAGGACCAAAACCAAGCUGCUUGAGCCCACUGUCUUGCUGAUAGUCCAGGCCCGCCUGCCAGCCAGAGGAGCCCCUUAUGCACACCCAGUCCUCCCAGCCUGCUUCCGGGAGCCUCGAGUAGAGAAGGCACUUGGGAAGAAAACCCAGAGGAAGGACUGGACCUGACUCACGGGACCAGGAGGAAGACUUGGCUCUGUGGGGUCGUUCAGUCCUGGGGAGCAGUCUUCCCUAUUCACCUUUUCCCCUUGUGGCACCCAAUGUUCACUGCUUGCAGAGCAGAAACUGGCAGACCACACGAAGAUCAGAGCCCCUGCUCCUCAUCCAUGUGGGUCUACGGCUGGGUCAGAACACACCAAGAGCCGGAGAUGCGGGGACUGCCAGGCCACCCAGCACCUUCCCACCCUUAAGUAAGCACAAAGAAGAUGAGGCAGACAACUGUCAGAGCAGGAAGUUCCUUUGGUUGCUCACAACUCAGGUAUGCACGCUGUGUGGCAGCCGGGCAGCAGAGCCCCACUCGACCGCCAGGCCCAAGCACCUGGACUCGGGGACUCUGGCUGCUUCAGGCGCCACCUCUUUGCAUAGGGUGUUCCUCCAUUCGUAACUACAGCUGAAACACACGUCCUCCACAUUGUGCACACUGGUUCUGCCUUUGUCCUCGCAAGUUGAUACUUGGCAUUCGCAUGAAACUUGUGGGUGUGGGAGGGUCCAGAGAGAAUUCUAACACAAAACAACCUAUUAAAUUGUACUUGAGAGAUGAAAAAAAAAACUGUUGUAUUUUGACAGAAUUAUUUUUAUUAAAAUACACCUCCAUGAGCAGAGUCAUG